AUGACAACCGAUUAUCAAGGUAGAAAGAGGGACGAGGCAGAUGAAGCCGAUGAAGAAAAUGUUCCCUUAUCACAAGUUUCAAAGAGAAGAAAAUUGAAAAAUGAAGACGUUAAGGAUGAGUCCGAAAGUGAUGAUGAGUCAUUGGCUUCUAUAUUUAAGAAGAAAUCUAAGGAGAAAUUGAAGAAAGUUAAGCUGGAAGAAAAGGAUGAAGAUGCUACUGCGGAUGGUAAGGAGACUGUCAAGAAGGUUACUAAAACAUCCAAGAAGGUGAAGAAGGAGAAGAAAACCGUCAAGGACGAAAGUGAACAGGAUCAAAAUGACGAGGAAGAGGAAAAUGGAGAGUACAAGUGGUGGGAAAAUGAAAAUGAAGAUGAUUCUAUUAAAUGGACUACAUUGAAACAUAACGGUGUAGUGAUUCCACCCCCAUAUGAGCCAUUACCUUCUCACAUUAAACUUUAUUACGAUGGGAAACCUGUAGAUCUGCCACCGGAGGCCGAGGAAGUUGCUGGCUUUUACGGUGCAAUGUUGGAAACAGAUCAUGCCAAGAAUCCUGUUUUCCAAAAGAAUUUCUUCCAGGACUUCUUAGAGGUCUUGAAGACUGCAGGUGGAACUAAAAACGGAAUUACAAUUGAAAAAUUUGAAAAAUGUGACUUUACCAAGAUGUUCGAUUACUUUGAAUUAUUGAAGGAAGAAAAGAAGAAAUUAACUUCCCAGGAAAAGAAACAAAUCCGUCUUGAUAGAGAGAAAGCGGAAGAAAAAUACAAAUUUUGUGAAUUGGAUGGUAGAAAGGAACAAGUCGGGAAUUUUAAAGUGGAACCACCUGGAUUAUUCAGAGGUCGUGGUGCUCAUCCAAAGACUGGUAAAUUAAAGAGAAGAGUUCAACCAGAAGAUAUUAUUUUGAAUCUGGAUAAAGAUGCUCCAAUUCCUGAAGCACCAGAGGGGCACCAUUGGGGUGAAAUUAGAAAUGAUAAUAGUGUUCAAUGGUUAGCCAUGUGGAGAGAAAAUAUUUUCAAUUCCGUCAAGUAUGUGAGGUUGGCUGCAAACUCUUCGUUGAAAGGACAAAGUGAUUAUAAGAAAUUUGAAAAAGCUCGACAACUGAAGGACCACAUUGAUGCAAUUCGUAAAGACUAUAAGAAGCAACUGAAAAGUGAAGUAAUGUUAGAACGUCAAAAGGCUGUAGCAAUUUAUUUAAUUGAUGUCUUCGCGUUAAGAGCUGGUGGUGAAAAAUCCGAAGAUGAAGCUGAUACGGUUGGUUGUUGUUCUCUACGAUAUGAGCAUGUUACUUUAAAGCCACCAAACACGGUUGUCUUUGAUUUCUUGGGUAAAGAUUCUAUUCGUUUCUAUCAAGAAGUCGAAGUAGACAAAAAGGUAUUUAAGAAUUUGAAAAUAUUCAAGAGACCUCCAAAGCAACCUGGCCACCAAUUGUUUGACCGUUUGGAUCCAUCAACUUUAAACAAACAUUUACAAAAUUACAUGCCAGGUUUGAGUGCCAAAGUUUUCCGUACUUACAAUGCAUCAAAGACUAUGCAAGAUCAGUUAGAUUUGAUUCCAAAUGAAGGGUCUGUGGCAGAAAAGUUGUUGAGAUAUAAUGCUGCUAAUAGAACUGUGGCUAUCUUAUGUAACCAUCAAAGGACAGUAACUAAAGGACAUGCACAAUCGGUGCAAAAGGCCAAUGAUAAGAUAAAAGAAUUGGAAUGGCAAAAGAUAAGACUGAAAAAAGCUUUACUUCAACUAGAACCGGAACGUUUGAAAAAAAAUCCAGCUUAUUUUGAAGAGAUUGAAGAUAUGACCAAGGAAGAUGAAGCAGAAAUUCAUAGAAGAAUUAUUGAGAGGGAAAUUGAGAAAUAUCACAAGAAAUUUGCUAGAGAAAACGAUAAGAGAAAGUUUGAAAAGGAGGAACUGUUACCUGAGUCUCAAUUGAAAGAAUGGUUAGAUGGCGUCGAUGAAUUGAAAAAGCAAUACAAGGAAGAGCUAAAGACUGGCGUUGUCGAAUUAAAACCUACUAUGAACACGGUUGAGAAGAUAGAAAAACAGAUUGAACGAUUAGAUAACAGAAUACAGACUAACUCCAUUCAAUUGAAAGAUAAAGAAGAAAAUUCUCAAGUGUCUUUAGGGACCUCCAAGAUCAAUUAUAUUGAUCCAAGAUUAACAGUGGUCUUCUGUAAGAAAUACGACGUCCCAAUCGAGAAGAUUUUCACAAAGACUCUAAGAGAGAAGUUUAAAUGGGCCAUUGAAUCAGUCGAUGAGAACUGGAGAUUCUAA